AUGUCAGACGGUGCUGAAUCUCAACAACCAAUUUCUGCGCCUGUUGUUCAACCAGACGAGCAAAACUUGGUCGUCUCAUUCUUGCAAUUUAUUCGUCAAAAAGUGGCGCAUAAUGAGUGUAAUACGGAUCAGGUUGAGACUUUGGAAGUCGCAAUUCAAUGUUUGGAACAUGCUUUCGGUUUGACUGACGCCAAUUACGCUUUUCAACCAUCGAAAACACUUUUGGAGAUCUUCAAGGCUGCUGAAGGGCCACUUUCAGCUGAAACUUCGCAAUUGGCUCCAACUGACGCUGAUAUUGCUCAGGCUAACAAAUUGAAAGAGGAGGUGCGGGAAAAUUCUGAUGAAAACCUGAAUUUUGAUCGAGCGACGCAAGUCGCGAGUGUAAACCGGAAGCUUCCGCUUUAGCGGCCACGUGGUUUACUAUGAUAUGGCAAACGUCAUAUAAAUCGCGUGGCCGCUGCGCGGAAGCUUGCGAUCUACACUCGCUCCGCUCGAAAACCCCUUCCAAGUCCUAUUCUGAAAUAUCUGAUAAAAAUCUGAAAACUGGAAUUUUCAGCACAAAUUAUAGGGCAGUUCAGUAACACUAGUUUCUGAAUCGUCUCGUGCUGAAAAUUCCAGCAUUUUUCAGAUUUUUAUUGGAAUUUCAGCGGAGAUGCGGAAGCUAUGCCCAAAUUUUGAUCGAGCGACGCAAGUCGCGAGUGUACACCGGAAGCUUCCGCGUCAGCGGCACUAUCUUCCGCUUUAGCGGCCACGUGGUUUACUAUGAUAUGGCAAACGUCAUAUUAAUUCGCGUGGCCGCUGCGCGGAAGCUUGCGGUCUACUCUCGCUCCGCUCGGAAAAUAAAUACCACUUCCAAGUUCUAUUCUGAAAUAUCUGAUAAAAAUCUGAGAACUGGAAUUUUCAGCACAAAUUAUGGGACGAUUUAGUAACUAUAAACUAGUUUCUGAAUCGUCCCAUAAUUUGUGCUGAAAAUUCCAGCAUUUUUCAAAUUGUUAUUGGAAAUUCAGCGGAGAUGCGGAAGCUAUGCCCAAAUUUUCUGGAAUUUCCCACCAAAAACUUGGAAUUUUCAGGGAAACGAUUUAAUGAAAGCCUCUCAAUUCGACGCCGCUGUCAGCAAAUACAACGCAGCCAUCAAAUUGAACCGUGAUCCAGUGUAUUUCUGUAAUCGAGCUGCCGCUUAUUGCCGUCUUGAACAAUACGAUUUAGCCAUUCAAGAUUGUAGAACAGCAUUGGCUUUAGAUUCGAAUUAUAGUAAAGCAUGGGGACGUAUGGGUUUGGCAUUUUCGUGUCAAAAUCGGUAUGAACAAGCGGCGGAAGCUUAUAAGAAGGCUUUGGAAUUGGAUCCAAAUCAAGAAAGUUAUAAAAAUAAUUUGAAAAUUGCGGAGGAUAAGGUUAAGGAAUUGGAAACUGCUAGAGGAGCGGGAGGACCAGGAGGACCUGGGGCUGGAUUUGUAAGUUUUUGAGCUUGUGACAUCUGAAAUAUCUAAUAAAAAUCUGAAAAAUUCUGGAAUUUUCAGCAGAAGUCGUAUUUAUAAAAGUGGUAUACCAAAAAUUGUUCUUCAAUAGUUUUUGAUAUACCACUUUUAUGAAUACGGCUCCUGCUGAAAAUUCCAGCAUUUUUCAGAUAUUUCGAGCGUAGCGAGUGUAUACCGGAAGCUUCCGCUUUAGCGGCCACGUGGUUUACUAUGAUAUGGCAAACGUCAUAUUAAUCCGCGUGGCCGCUGCGCGGAAGCUUGCGGUCUACACUCGCUCCGCUCGAAAAACCCCUUCCAAGUCCUAUUCUGAAAUAUCUGAUAAAAAUCUGAAAACUGAAAUUUUCAGCACAACGAUUCAUUAACUAUAAACUAGUUUCUGAAUCGUCUCGUGCUGAAAAUUCCAGCAUUUUUCAGAUUUUUAUUGGAAUUUCAGCGGUGAUGCGGAAGCUAUGCCCAAAUUUUCAAUUUUCCCCCCAAAAACUUGAAUUUUCUACAGAACCCAUUGGCUGGUUUGUUUGGCGGAGCUCCAGGAGCCGGUGGACCACCAGGAGGAAUGCCAAAUUUGGGACAAUUGUUCGCCGAUCCAAAUAUGAUGAAUAUGGCACAACAAAUGAUGUCGGAUCCAGGAAUCAGUGAAAUGAUGAAUGGUUUGAUGUCUGGCGGUGGCGGAAUUGCUGAUUUGAUGCAAGCCGGACAACGGGUAAGCGAUUUGUCUCGAGCGCGUUAAGCGCGAGUGUAGACCGGAAAAUUCCGCGAAGCGGCCACGUGGUUUAAUAUGAUAUGGCAAACGUCAUAGUAAUCCGCAUGGCCGCUCACGCGGAAUUUUCCGGUCUACAAUCGCUCUGUUCGAAUUUCCAAGUCAAAUUCUGAAAUAUCUGAUAAAAAUCUGAAAAACUGGAGAAAUUUCAGCACUUUUCAGAUUUUUAUUGGAAUUUCAGCGGAGAUGCGGAAGCUAUGCCCAAAAUUCGAGCGAAGCGAGUGUAAACCGCUAGAUUCCGCGUCAGCGGCACUAUCUUCCGCUUCGCGGAAUUUUCCGGUCUACACUCGCUCUGCUCAAAAAACACUUCCAAGUCCUAUUCUGAAAUAUCUAAUAAAAAUCUGAAAACUGGAAUUUUCAGCACAAAUUAUGGGACGAUUUAGUAACUAUAAAUUAGUUUCUGAAUCGUCCCAUAGCUUGUUCUGAAAUUCCAGCAUUUCUCAGAUUUUUAUUUGAAUUUCAGCGGAGACGCGGAAGCUAUGCCCAAAUUUUGAAUUUUUUCGAGCGCCCUGCGCGAGUGUAAACCGGAAGCUUUCGCGAAGCGGCACUAUUUUCCGCUUCAGCGGCCACGUGGUUUACUAUGAUAUGGUAAGCCACGUCAUAGCAAUCCGUGUGGCCGCUAAAGCGGAAGAUAGUGCCGCUUACGCGGAAGUUUGCGGUCUACACUCGCUCUGCUCGAAAAGCCUUUCCAAGUCCUAUUCUGAAAUAUCGAAUAAAAAUCUGAAAACUGGAAUUUUCAGCACAAAUUAUGGGACGAUUCAGUAACUAUAAACUAGUUCCCAUAGUUUGUGCUGAAAUUUCCAGUAUUUUCAGAUUUUUAUUGGAAUUUCAGCGGAGAUGCGGAAGCUAUGCCCAAAUUUUGAAUUUUUUCGAGCGCCUUAGGCGCGAGUGUAAACCGCAAGAUUCCGCGAAGCGGCACUAUCUUCCGCGCCUAAAUCUAACCAUAAAAGUUAGCCUAACUCUUUGCAGAUGGCUCAACACAUGCAACAAUCGAAUCCAGAAAUGAUUGAACAAUUGAGAAGACAAUUCGGAGGUGAUGGAAAUAAUCCAGAUCAACCACCACAACCACCACAAUAA